CACAAGGAAAAGAGAUGCUUGAAGCAUGGCGUCUGUGGCGUCCCAGAUACRAAGCAAAAGCGAUGUGUUAUACAGGCGACUUAUCCUUUCUAGUUUCUUUUCUAAAGGUUGGGGGAAUUUAGAAGAUUAUAAAAGGCUAUUUGAAUGUCGCGAUUAUUUCAACGUAUCUUCUAAAUGUUCAAAAUUAGCAACGCCAUCUCAUCCUGUCUCCAUCGACAGAAGUUGGAAAAAAGACUCGUAUUAUAUUGCAGAAGGGCACUUCUUGUCUCCAGUGGCGAAGCACUUUCCUGGUCUACUACCCAAAGAGAGUGAAUUAGCAAGAUUUCAAGUGAUUACACCAACGAAAUGGCGAGACAAAAAUAAAAAGCCCAUUUGUAUCCAGUUAGCCGGAACUGGAGACCAUUUUUACUGGCGAAGACGAACCUUCAUGGCAAAGCCCUUGAUUCAUGAGCAUUGUAUUGCCUCGAUUAUUUUAGAAAAUCCAUUCUAUGGUUUAAGAAAGCCAGCUGACCAGCAGCGAUCUAGUCUGAAAUACGUCAUCGAUCUUUUCAUAAUGGGUGCCUCUCUUAUUCUGGAGUCUAGUAUUCUUUUACAUUGGUGUGAAAGUCAAGGCUACGGACCGUUAGGCAUCACUGGUGUUUCCAUGGGGGGAAAUAUGGCAUCUUUGGCAUCUACUAUUUGGCCCAAACCACUAGCUGUUAUUCCUUGUCUAUCUUGGAGCACAGCAUCUUGUGUUUUCACUAAGGGAGUAAUGAAAAAUUCUCUUCCAUGGAAGAAACUUGAGAAGCAACUUGAAGAUGAUGCUUACAGAGAAAAUAUUAUAAAAUUUGCAGGUUUAAACGAAGAAGUUAUUGCAAACAACUUGUUUGCAGGCAAUUCUUCAUUCCAUGGCAGAGAUGAUAUGAAUGCUGAUUACUCUAUGGGAUCAGAGAGAAAAUGUGAUCAUUUAAUGAAUUUCUUUGACAAUAAUGAUCAACCCGAAAGGAAGCAGUCACAGACAAUGUAUCUAGAAAAAAAGCACAUUUACCAUAGCAUCAAGGAAGCACUGUUUGAUUAUGUUCCUAACACUUUGAAAAUCAGCAAAGCUAUUGAUAAAACGCAAGAGAUUAAUCCAGAAACUGUACAGUUCAUGAAUCUUCUAAUGRACAGGGCUACUCAUCUUAAAAAUUUCCCUUGCCCACAGAACCCAGCACUUGCUAAGUUCAUAGCCGCCAAGAGAGAUGCAUAUGUACCUAGAGACUGUAUAGAUGAACCAGGGAUUAUUUGGCCUGGUAGUGAAGUAUUGUAUGUAGAUACAGGGCACAUAGGUGCAUCUUUGACCAAUUUAAGUUUAUUUAGAAAAGUAAUCAAGGAGAAGUUGGAUCAGGUUGUAUGAUAGUAAKGUAAUUCUGCUUGCAAGCAUGUUUUUAAAGUUUUUUUUACAUAAUCAGCUGUAAAUAAAGUGUGACAUGUGACAGUUUGGUCACACCUAAUAAACUUGUCAGGCAUUACAAAUUUG